UCAUAUCCUACCUCUCUUCUUGCAACAUAUUUAUUUUUAAUAGGGAAUCAAAAUUCAUUCUCACCUUGGUCACCAAAACCGACAAUUGAAAAUGCGAUAUUAUUCAUUUUGAUGACAGUAUUUUCAUUCAUAAUUGUUAUAUAUUUAAUGAAUUUAAUUAUUGGUUUACUUGGUGACGAGAUUAAAAAGAAUAAUGAUGAUGCCUUGUAUUACGUACAAAAGGCGGAAAUUAUAGCAGAAAUUGAACUUUUUUAUUUAUUACCUCAUCAAAGACGUUGGAGAACUUGGUUUCCUGAAAUAAUUGUAAGUGUUGAAAAAGCUCGGAAACACAUUAGAGAAGCAAUCAACAAUGGUGAAUGGAAAAUGAAUGAUUGGCCUGAAAUGAAGCAAAAAAUUUUAAAGCUUCUUAGCAUGGAUGAUACUAUUGUUAAUCAAGCAGUUUAAUUUUUUUUACAUUUUACAUAAUGAAAUUAACUAAUUGAUAGUUUAAAACGUUAAUUUUAUAAGAAAAAAUUUGUUUUUUUUAACAUUAUUUUAAUAAAGUUUCGCGUUUUUUUAAUAAAAAAGGUUUUUUAACACUUUAAUUA